CAGCGACGGCAAGGCAGUAGUGAAGGCAGGCCGACGCCCAAGAGUUGAGACGAAAAGCGAAGAAGAUGUCACUGGUGGACUACGCAUCUUCAGACGACGACGUUUCCGAGGAGGAAGAUAAGGAAAACAUAGAAAACGAGCCAGCAGCUGAAGCACCCAUGGAUCAACCCACUCGUCCUCCCACCCAACCUGUUGGUUCAUCGUAUCAGCAAAGUACUCCCCAAUCAUCAGCUCCUACAGUCGAGAAACUUCCUGAUGCUUCACAACUCUUUGACUCUUCUGAGUUCUCACCCAAUAUGCUGAGUGAUAGCUAUCACUCUUCUCGUGUUGCAGCUGCAAGUGCUGAGAGUGCAUCGCGCAAAAGAGAGUCAAAUUCAUUUGCUUCUCCUGUGACCCGCAGUAAACUUCCCAGAGGUAACUUGCCCCAUUCCAAAAAUAUUCCAGAUACACUUGGUGCUAUGCUGGUUCCACCUCAGCUUCGUGGAAGGAGCAAUGUUGUCACAGAAGAUGUUAGCAAGCUAUUUGUCAAAAAGCCAACUGGCGGUUCACCACAGUAAUGGUGAUCAUCUUUAUGUGUGAUGGUGUAGUUGUAGCCUUAGAUAAUGACUAUCAUAUUGACUGUUGAGAUUUUCGCUUCUGUAUGUAAAGACUCUUAGAGGAGCCCUUUUAUUGUAUCUACAUAUUAGACUCGGACAUUGUGA